UCUUAAGAGACUCAAUGAAGUUCCGUACAAACCAAACUUUACUUGUACUUGACAGUUAUUCACAUAAUAGUUCACGCGUAAAGAAGGGUCAAAUCUGUAUCUGAAGUUCACAACCAACCCAACCACUUGAUGAUGUCGGAGGACACAUUGAUAUUUCUAUUCUAGUCACAUCGUUCUACAGAUAUCUACUGGCCAUUAAGGAUGCUAUUGCUCAACCGCCUUACCUGGAGGUAACCCAGAGAGGACCGUGCUGCUGUCUCCCUGUGUCCCAGACUGGAGAUGGUCCACUGGGCCACACUGUGGGUGUCAUGUGUCUGGCUCCAGACAUUCCUGGCCUCUGCCUUGGCUAUAUGUCCCUCCACAGCCCCCAACCCGGUUAACUUCUCAGUGGUUUACACCAUGCCCUUCUUCCAAACUCUUAACUCAAUUCAAAAUAUAGUUACAAACCCACAGUAUCUGGAGGUGUAUGUGGCCUCGCAGAACAGAAUUGAAGCUGUGAACAGAAGUCUGGAAAAGGUAUGGGAGCUUCACACAGGACCAGUGGGCAGCCCAGAGUGUCAAAUGUGUGAUUUGUGUGACAUUGACAAGGACCCCAACUUUUUAGAAAACACAGAUAACAAGGUCCUAUUGUUGGAUACAUUCUUCAUGUAUUUAUACUCUUGUGGGAGUUCUCAAUAUGGUGUGUGCCAUUUCCAUCAACUUAACAGUCAUGGUCAUAAACCCUCUUUUUCGAAGUGUUUAUUCAGAAAGGAAUCCAACUCUGCAGCCUACUGCCCUGACUGUCUGGCCAGUCCCCUUGGUACCAAAGUUACCAUGGUAGAGGAGGGUCAGACAGUGUACUUUUUUGUGGCUGCCACUGUCAAUGACAGUGUGACACAGCGCUACGGGAGGAAGUCCAUAUCGGUGCGCCGGCCGUUGGCCACUGAAGAUGGAUUCUACAGCGACGUGCGAGGACUGACUGUCCUGCCCGGUCUGCGCAGAACAUACAAUAUUGAGUACACCUACAGCUUCUUCACCCAGGAGUUUGUCUAUUUCCUUUCUGUUCAGAGAGAGAGUCCUGACCAGGAGUUUUCACCCCUCCAGACACGGCUUGGUCGUCUUCCGCGCAAUGAGUGGGAGAUGAGGAGGUACCGUGAGGUCAUUUUAGAGUGCCGCUUUGAACCCAAGCGCCGUCGGCGCCGGAAUGCAGCCAGUAAGGCCUUUAAGGAUGUGGUAUACAAUGUCGUCCAAGCGGCCCACUUUGGCAAGGCUGGCAGGGAGCUGGCAGAGGAGCUAGGUGCCGAGGAGGAAGAUGACAUCUUGUAUGGAGUGUUUGCUGUCACAGAUGACAAUGGUGUCACAGAGCAUGAGUCAGCCCUGUGUGCUUUUCCCAUGGACAACAUCAACACAGCCAUCAGCGAUGGGGUAGAUGACUGCUGUGAGUCUGGCCCUGAGCAGCUGUCCAGAGGACUGUGCCACUUCCAGUACUGUGAAAGCUGUCCCCAUGAGAGCAUGGAGAACAAUGCCACUUGCAGAGACCAGCCCACCAUGGUGUCUAAGCCCUACUACAGGGUGGACCUGUUCAACAGGCAGAUGAAAGGCGUCCUGCUCACCUCCCUCCUGGUCACCAUCAUAGAGAAUAAGACAGUGGCACACAUUGGCACCUCCAGUGGGCGUCUGCUACAGCUUGUUUUGACAAGGUCAAGCCCGAUUAUCUUUGCAAAUUACUCCUUGGUGGAGAACCAGAGAGUGACCUCUAUUGCUGCUGUCCACUCCUCGGAAUCUCUACUCUUUGUAGUUGGAGACAAGAUGAUCCAGGUGCCUCAGCGAGGCCCAGGGUGCCAGCAUUUCCUUACCUGUGCCAUGUGCCUGACAGCCCCCAAGUUCAUGGGGUGCGGCUGGUGCUCUGGAGAGUGCUCUUGGGAGAGUGAGUGUCGAGGUCGCUGGAGGAAUGAGUCCUGUCCUCCGGGUAUCACUGGGUUCUUCCCAAGGACAGCACCUCACGAUGGUCAGACCGAGCUCACGGUUUGUGGCUGGGAGUUCCGGUCACCCCAGCGUCCUACCAUAAGCUCCAGAACCCACCAGGUGAGACUGGGACAGACAGGCUGCGCCGUGCUUUCUCAGAAGAGCAACAGCACACACCUGGUGUGUAAGAUCCGCUCCGGGGAGAUUGAGCUGUCCAAGCCAGUCAACGUCACUGUGGAAGUACAUGAGGGCAAGGUGGAGGGGCGUUAUUCCAUUGACGGAAAAGCGGAGAUGCCUGGAUUUACAUUUGUGAUUCCCAACAUCACUGAGAUCCAGCCUAAUUAUGGUCCCCGUGUUGGGGGAACCCUCAUCACUGUCACUGGUCCUCACUUGGACGCUGGGAGUUCCAGGAAGGUUACUCUGAAUGGAGAACCCUGUCCCAUAAGGAGUUUCACCGUGCCUCGAGGCAAUGUGUCCUCCAUCAUCUGUCUGUCCCAGCCCAUCUCAGAGGUCAGGGAUGUCCCUCUCAGCGUCUUCAUUGACAAGUCCCCAGUUCUCACCACCAAGGUGUUCUACUACAGGGAGAACCCAGAGAUCACAGCUGUCCUGCCAGACUGCAGCUUUGACAGGGGGUCAAAGAUAAUCAUUGAAGGGAAGAACCUGGACUCUGUCUACCGCACCAUCAUCCGUUUCAAACCCAAUGAGAGUCACCUGAAGCCUGUGAUGACGGAGUGUAAAGGCAAAUCAAAGCCCACAGAGAUGGAGUGUACCAGCCCUGCCUUUCCCAGGGAUGAGCCAGAGGAGGGGGAGCUUUCCUUUGACAUGGAUGGGGCUGUUCAACUCUGGAACAGAGAAUUCUCCUAUCAUCCCUAUGGAAAACCCAUACCGUUUGAAACAGAGGGGCAUGUGCUUAGUUUGUACCCUGGGCAAGAUGAAGUUUCACUGCAUCAUCAAAAACUCAACCUUGUGAGUUCCUGCAUGACCAUCACCAUGACAGUGGGAGGAGUUGACUGCGGUGCCAAAGUCCUGGACAAUGAGAUCACCUGCAGGAUCCCCAAAAAUAUGACCAUCCCUAGUGAAGGGCUGGCUGUGAAGAUCAGCAUCAACGGGGAUGUUCACAACGUAGGGUCAGUUGUCCUGGUCAGCAACCACUACAUGGCGGGCAUUGUUCUGGGGAUCCUGGGAGCCUUGGUGGCAGGAGCUGUGCUGGCCUUUGUUGUCAUGAAACACCUGAGGAAGAAGAAGAAAGCUUCUAUGGUGGAGACCCGCCUGGCCCAUAACUCUAACCGCUCUGGAACCAGCAGCGUGGAGCUGUCACCAGUAGGGGACUACAGAAGAGUGAUGUCUCAGAGCCCCUCCACCACCCUGGGGGUCCCGGUGGUGUUUCCCAGUAUGGGCUACACUGCUGGCAGCAUGGACCCCAGCCUCACCCCCCUCAUGACCCCAGAGAAGAUCUCCAUCACCAGCUUCAGGCCAGAGCUCCUGGAGGAGGUGAAGGACGUGCUGAUCCCAGCUGAAAUGCUCAUCGUCCAGCAUCACCAGAUCAUUGGAAAGGGUCAUUUUGGCACGGUUUACCAUGGCUACUUCACAGACCACAACAACAGAGAAAUCCACUGUGCUGUUAAAUCAUUAAACAGAAUAACAGAUGUGGAGGAAGUGGAGCAGUUCCUGAAGGAGGGUAUCCUGAUGAAGGGGUUCCACCACACCAACGUGCUGUCUCUGCUGGGCAUCCUGCUGCCUAAGGAGGGGCUCCCCCUGGUGGUGCUUCCCUACAUGAAGCACGGGGACCUGCGCCACUUCAUACGCUGUGAGAGGAGGAACCCCACGGUGAAGGACUUGAUUGGCUUUGGCCUCCAGGUGACCAAGGGGAUGGAGUACCUGGCGCAGAAGAAGUUUGUGCACAGAGAUCUGGCAGCACGGAACUGCAUGCUGGAUGAGUCAUACACAGUGAAGGUAGCAGACUUUGGCAUGGCCAGAGAUGUCUUUGAUAAGGAGUACUACAGUGUUCAAGAUCACAGGAAGGCCAAGCUACCAGUCAAGUGGAUGGCAAUUGAAAGCCUGCAGACACAGAAAUUCACCUCCAAAUCAGAUGUGUGGUCAUUUGGUGUCAUGAUGUGGGAAAUGCUCACCAGAGGAGCCAGCCCUUACCCUGAGGUGGACCCAUAUGACAUCACACACUACUUACUGAAGGGCAGGAGGCUGCCCCAACCACAGUAUUGUCCUGACCCCCUGUAUGCAAUUAUGCUAGAGUGCUGGGACCCUGACCCAGAGAGCAGGCCCAGCUUUACUACUUUGGUUGCUGCUGUUCUUACCAUAUUGUCUGGCCUCGAGGGAGAACACUACAUUAGCCUCAAGGUUACCUACGUUAACCUGGACCAGCCCCGGCCCUACCCAGCCCUCACCGAGUCUCCUGACGUGUCAGAGUCUUCUGCAACUGAAGACUCUGGCUCCAUCUCCUCAUGAGAAGACACCUGCAGGUGUAGAACGGUGCUGUAGCUCAAUAAGGUUUGAACCAGUUCUAGAGUUACUGGGCAGUUGUUGUCAAUGUUUGUGAGUAUGUGCAGCCAAAGCAUUGUGGCAGUUGGGCAGCAGUACAGCUUCAUUGUAGCUUGGUGUUUCAAUCUGCACUAGGCUUUUAUGAAGAGCAGGAACUCAUUUCAUAGUGUCCUCAAAACCAUGAAUAUAUUGAAUGUGCUGUCUCUAUGUUUUCUCUUAAUUCUCUUGAGAUGUAGUGAUUGAUUUCUGUAUAUUUUGGAUCAUAAGAAAUGUACCUAUAUGUCUCCGUAUCUGAUAUACUGUAUGUAUCUGACACCACACUGUUACAUUAUUGUAUGCCCAGCACAAUGUAUUUUAGAUUGACUUUAAUAAAUUAAGAUAUU